UCAGGCGUCCGGGCUGGGAAGCGGUCAUAAAAUGUUGUUUUAAUAAAUGCCUGGCUUUGUUUCUGAAUUGGAACGUGACGACCAAGAAGAUGUGAUAGAAAUGCUCAAGGUUUAUUAAAGCCUUCGGAAAAAAUAGAGAACUAAAUGGACUAUAAGAAAAUCACGGAUGAAAUCUCAGAAAAAAUCUUAUCGUACAGCCAGGAUACUUCAGGAUGGAGGGUGAUAAAAGUUUCGAAAAAUGUUACAGUUUCUUCCAAGCCUUCCAAAGAGUAUGCGGGAAAUAUAUACCGUGGAGAAGGGAUAAUUGAGGAAGUCCCUAGUAAAAUUAUCCCUUUUAUGUAUCUUCCUGAAUAUCGAAACAGAUGGGACAAAGCACUAAAAUCUUACAGUCUGUUAGAAAGCAUUGACCAGGACACUGGUAUAUACCACAGCGUAACGCACAGCUAUGGCAUGGGCCUGAUUUCCUCGCGAGAUUUUGUCGACCUGCUGCAUGUCAAAGCUUAUCCUGGUGGCAUCCUUACAACUAACUCCAUCAGCGUGGAAUAUUCCAGCUGCCCUCCAACUCCCUCUUGUGUCCGAGGCCGUAACAAUCCCUGUGGGUACGUGUGUUCUCCCUUGCCUGAGAAUCCAGAGCACUCUAAGCUAGUUGUAUUUAUUCAGCCAGAACUCGGAGGAAUGCUUCCCUGCUCCGUGGUGGAGACAGCGUUACCUACGACUCUCGUAAACUUAAUCACUGAAACAAGGGCUGGACUGAAAAGCUUUAAAGACCGUAAUUAAACAUAAGUGGAAAAUAAUACGGGCUUAAGUCACGUGCGUUUUUUACUUCGAUUCAUAUUUAAAAUGGAAGAUGAAGUUUAUUUUAAUGGUGUAUGUGGAAAUGUGUAAAGCUCGACUUCUCUGUUAACACAGUGAAUGCUUCUGGGGAAUGAUGCAAGAACCUACCCCGAAGUGCCCUCAAAGCACAGGAUGUAGCUUUCACUGUUAUCAGGUGAUGUCUUGUAAUAUUUUUGCACUAUGUAUGCAGUCACAUGAGGACUCGGUGAUGCAAAUUAUAAAUGUUAAAAUGCAGUAGUCAAAUAUUUUGCUAUAGCUUUAAACACUUUGAUAAAUUCUUACCUCAAUUAUGCACUCCUGACUGAAACAAGCGAAGAUCUUGUGUACUAGAGACUUUAAACAUGUUUAUUAAGUGUGUGAGUGUAAUUAACAACUAUAUCACUGGUUUGCAAUUAAAUAUUUGAAGGAAAGACUGGUGAAUAUGAUUAUACAGCAUCUCAUUAAAAGCUGCUCUUUAUACUCA